AUGGCCAAAGCCUACGACCACCUCUUCAAGUUGCUGCUGAUCGGGGACUCAGGGGUGGGCAAGACUUGUCUGAUCAUUCGCUUUGCAGAGGACAACUUCAACAACACUUACAUCUCCACCAUCGGAAUUGAUUUCAAGAUUCGCACUGUGGAUAUAGAGGGGAAAAAGAUCAAACUGCAAGUCUGGGACACAGCUGGCCAAGAGCGAUUCAAGACAAUAACUACUGCUUAUUACCGUGGAGCCAUGGGCAUUAUCCUAGUAUAUGAUAUCACAGAUGAGAAAUCCUUCGAGAAUAUUCAGAACUGGAUGAAGAGCAUCAAAGAGAAUGCCUCGGCUGGGGUAGAGCGCCUCUUACUGGGGAACAAGUGUGACAUGGAGGCCAAGAGGAAGGUGCAGAAGGAGCAGGCUGAUAAGUUGGCUCGGGAGCAUGGAAUCCGAUUUUUUGAGACAAGUGCUAAAUCCAGUAUGAAUGUAGAUGAGGCUUUCUGUUCCCUGGCACGGGACAUCUUACUCAAGUCAGGAGGCCGGAGAUUGAAAAACAACAACAAGCCCCCCAGCACUGACCUGAAAACUUGUGACAAGAAGAAUACCAACAAGUGCUCCUUGGGCUGA